AUGGCUAGCGUCGUUAACGUUCCAGAAAUUGGCUAUGCAUUUCUCAAAACGUAUUAUCAACGGAUGCACCAAGAUCCAAGCAAAGUUCAUCACCUGUAUUCUACCACUGCGGAACUGACGCACGUAAACUAUAAGGACGAGUGGGACCUGAACGGCGACGAGUUGCCUACUGUCAAAUUGAUCGGUAAAGAGAACAUAAGCAAGUUUUACACUAGACAUAGUAAAAAAGUGCGGUCACUUCAAGUGAAGAUUGAUACUUGCGACUUUCAAUCUGCUGGGGGCAAUAACACAAGCAUUUUAAUUUUGGCUAUGGGAGAAAUGUGCUGGGCAGACACGCCUUCUUUUCGCUUUUGCCAAAUUUUCCAGCUUGUACCAGUUCCUAGUAAUCCAAAAAUUUACGACCUCACCAACGAUAUUUUGCGAUUUGUCCCGCAGCCCAUGCUGCAAGCCAACGGCCUGGUGGCAUCAAAUGAACCAGUCCAGAGCAUGGGUGCUGAUCAAUCAGCGGCACAAGAGCCUCCAGCGGUUAAUACGAGUGAAGACGUGUCGGCCGGAACAACGACCACCCCUGGCCCCGCUAAAGAAGAAUUGAAUAGUUCAAUUGGUGAUGUUCACCCAGCUGCUACGGUACAUCCCUCGCCAAUGCCGGCAUCAGACCAAGAAUCAAGAGGAAAAGAUACACAGACGCCCAAGGACACUUCUUUGAUUCAAAAGCCAGAUGAAGCUGUAGCGCAACCAGAAAGAGCUUCCGAAGUUAACGGCACACUAGACCGCCCCGUCGAGGAUUUAGUCGACGAGAAAACUGAGGAAACAGCUCAAGGUACCACAUCGCCACCAGUAAAAAUUAACGAGACCACGAACGAUCAAAGCAUUGAGCCCGAAAAGAACAUCACGUCUCCGGAGCCCACUAAAAAAAUGAACUGGGCCUUGAAGCUGGCUGCUUCAGAGUCCAAGGACGUCCCCAACGUUACGACGAAGUAUAUUCGUGCAGAGCCAUCAGCCCCUUCGCCCGCCAAAAAAGUACCCGAACAAAAAUCUGUGUCUCCUAAUGCUCUUUCGCGUGAAAGCAGAGACGUAAAAAAUCCUAAAAAAAAGCAGUUUAAUCUUGUUAACAGAGAUGGCUUUUACCCCAUUUAUGUCAAAGGUACCGGCGGCGUCACUGAUGACCAGCUAGUAAGGGCAUUAGAAAUCGAAUUCGGCGUUGUCAAGAGAAUCUCAUCUCAGGAGACGUUUGCAGUUAUAGAUUUCGAAGACCAGCGAUGUCAAACAGAAGCCAUCGAAAGAGGUACACUAAAAGUCAACAACGUCGAGGUCCACAUGGAGCCCAAAACUGUGCGGAAGGUUGGUACACCUUCCUCCUCUCCUUCUUCGACCUCAUCAUCUGGACAGCGUUUCACCAAAAAACAUACUAAGAGGAAACUUAAUGCCUAA